CUCCCCAAGCCAUCACACACACGCCCAACAAUCGCAGACACGAACCACACACCCGCGCAAGACAGGGAAAAGAGGGAAGGCCCGGAGCAUCCACGUAGCCGUGCGCAAUGUACCAAGCCAUCCCCUACAGCAGCACCCGGCCCUGGGCCCGCCCGUCGCCGGCGGCGGAGGCGGCCGUCGCCGUCAAGACGGAGACCGCGGAGGCGUCGGCGUCCCGGGAGGACGCGGCGGGGGUUGAGAGGGCGGUGUCGGAGAGCCCGGUCGUGGUGGUGGGGAGGCGGGCCUGCUGCCUCACCCACGUGGUGAAGCGGCUGCUGCAGGGGCUCGGGGUCAACCCCGCCGUGCACGAGGUCGCCGACGAGGCCGCGCUCGCCGGGGUCGUGCCGGACGGCGGGGAGGCAGCGGCGCUCCCGGCGGUGUUCGUCGGGGGGAAGCUCCUCGGCGGCCUCGAUCGCCUCAUGGCCGUCCACAUCUCCGGCGAGCUCGUGCCCAUCCUCAAGAAGGCCGGCGCCCUCUGGCUCUGAUCGGACCCUUCCUUCCUUUCCUUAGUUUCCUUUCGUCAGAAGACGGUGCCGCGGUGUAAUCCUGGCCGUUGGAUCGAAUUUACUCUAGGAUUUUGGGUUUCUUUAAUGGUGUGCUAAAUUUUUUCUCAACAAAUAUAUUUAUGAGAAAAAAAGAAACAGACAGCUAGCGUUACUGAUUUUGGUAAUUUAUUUCGUCUGGUCAUGAGCAUGUGAAUACGGAAGAAGAGCAUGGGCGGCAUUGCAGCGUCUGUACAGUUUGUCGUUUCCAUUUCCGAGUUAAUGUGAAUCAGAUGCUUCUUACGGAA